CUUUAUCCAUUGCGGAAGCAAGCAAUCUCCGCAAACAGAAAAGCCACUGUACGCAGCAGGCUUGCUUCCUUCUUGCAAUCGGACUUGAGUGGACGACAGGGGCUCGUGAGCUUGUGCAGAGCAUCUCCUUCCUUCUGCAACCAACUGAAGACGCCAUUGUCGCCAGGUUCUCCUACGUUCCUGCAAGCGUUGCGAGAUGGCUACCGCUCUAUCUGCUGCUCUGAAGUCCUCUCUGUUCGCUGCUCCUUCAGUGAGCGCGGCAAGGACACAACAGCAAAGGAGGCAGACGGUCCGGUAUGCUAACAUCAGAGCAGGAGAGGAACCCGUAGAUGCACAGCCCUCGGCGAAGCCUGCAGAGAAGGCUGCACCCAAGCCUCAGAUUGGACCCAAGAGAGGAUCCAUGGUGAGGAUCAAGCGGCCAGAGUCGUUCUGGUACCUGAACGAGGGAAAGGUUGUGUCCGUUGAUCAGUCCGAAGAUAAAAUCCUGUAUCCCGUUGUCGUGAGGUUCGAGAGCCCUAGCUACUCUGGGGUCACCACAAGCAACUAUGCUCUUGACGAGGUCGAGGAGGUAUAAUGGAUUUGGGCACUAAAAGUUCUUAACAUUAAGCAAUCACAGCACAGGAACAGAAGGCGGGGCUUGAAACAUACAAUUUGGGCUCUAGUGUAGAUAAACACGACUCUUUGAGCACGGAGUUGUCCAGUUCUGCCUCUCUUCGCUCUAGCACGGGUCAUACAGCCAGGUCGUUUGGCCCCUCCUAGAUGCGAGAGAUAGCACAGCAAAGGAUUCGCUGUUGAAGCUCGGCACAUUUUGACGAGUUGCUUAGGCUGCUGUGAGAAUCCAACCUGUCAAUAGAAUCCCUUUACUGAAAUUGUCUCGCGAAGUUGAUUUUGUCCCACUUAUUGUUGCAAGCUCAUUGCCGCGGGUUCUUUAUCUUGCCUAAGCUGUUGUCGUCUGACCCCUUUGAGAUUCACAAUUCGAAGCUUGGAACAGCAGCCUACAGUUGUGCAAUACUCACCUAGCAGGCCCGAACGCUUGAGCCUCAUAGAGAA